AUGACGAGAGUGAACGAUCGCUCUUUAGCCUCGAGGCUACCUCGCCUUGGCGAGCGUCAUACGCAAAGGAAGAAAAAGCCGUACAAAAUUGUGUUGGAGCAUGUAACCCAAGAGAAGAAGAAACUCCAGUCCAUUAUCUCAUAUAAUGCAAAUGCCCCUCCAGGAUAUACAUUCGUUCCCACGGGCGCCCCCGAGCUCACUGCUCGAUGUAAAGAGCUUUGCAGGAAGCGAGGACUCGAUGUCCAUGUUGUCUCGGUAGCACCAAAGAACCGAGCUCACAAUAACCCCGAAAAGAUCGCCCAUCAUGUUCAUCGAAUAGGUCAUCACUUUCCCAAUGAUAUCGUUGAUCUCGCCUGCGAAUGGGAGGGAUAUACCAUCCAUCAUGGUCAAUUCCGGAAGAACAAAGAUACAGUUGACACAUCAAGACUGGCCAAAUCCUUGCAAUCGCAUAGUUCCAAGGAAACGAGCGAGCAAGUUAGACUCGCCAUUCGCGAUCUAUUCCCCAAAAUCCCAAAAAAAGAUCUUGAUAAUAUCAUCAAACACGCCUUUCGGAACGGAACCUCCCGUGUAGGAAAUGCCGCAGAGCUUUCCCUCCCUCGGCGAGUUCAACUCGCGGUGGUCGCACAUAUCCGACACGAAUAUACCAAUUACGACAAAUUGCUGAAGCAAAAUACGUAUCAUGAAGCUCGGUCGAGGGUUGAACCGACGACACUUGAUCGACUCAUGAAAUGGCGUGGCGAGAAUGACUCUGGCAAGCGUGAGCUCGAGGAGAUGUUCCGCGAAAUCAUCGUCAUCGAUGAUUCCGAGGAUGAAGAUGACGGCACCACAAGUGACGACCAAACAGAAGAACGCCAUGAGAGCGUUGAGAUCACGUCGCGUCCACUGCGGCACCAAGAUAUCCGAUGGGAUGAGCCAGAUAAUGUUGAAUGGGUGCCUCAUCCUCAAUCUCGAAGGCAUCGUGGGACUUACCUCAUCCGCGUCCCUGGUCGUAUGCGGCUACCAUAUCCUCCUCCACCCACUCUGUCCACCCGCCCUCGAGCAUACGAGCCUCCUCCCCGGCUAAUUCCUACGAGACCUGAGCGUGUGUACGUCUCUGAAGCAGCGCCUCCACCUCGUGGAGUGUACGCUGCUCCACAAUCCGAACGAUUCAUCUAUGAGUCACCGCAGCACCCCACAAGACCAAUGCAUCCAUAUGUCGACGACAUACCGCGGCAACUUGCGAGGUCUCGCCCCGAUGAUGCAGAUCUCAUCGACCAAUCCCGCCACCAGUAA